UCUAAUAAAUCUUCUUCUUCUUCUUCGUCUCAAAACCCCAUAGCCAUAGCUCUCUGCUGCCUGUGCUUUGACCUGUGUUUAUCAUAAAUCAUGGGUGUGUUCGCUUACGAGACAGAGACCAUCUCUGUGGUGCCUCCUGCUAAACUAUACAACACUUUGGUAAAACAAUUCAACACCAUCCUUCCAAAGGCUAAUCCCUCCGUUAAAAGUAUCCAAGUCAUUGAAGGCACUGGCGGCCCUGGAAGCAUCAAGAAAAUCACUUCCGUUGGCCAAGGAGGGAACGCCAUUGAUGUGUUGCACAAAGUAGAUGAAAUUGAUGAGGCAAACCUUGGAUACAAUUACAGCGUAGUAGGAGGAAGUAUAUUUCCAGACAGCUUGGAGAAGGUCUGCUUUGAGACGAAGGUGGUGGAAGGCUCUGACGGCGGAUCCGUCGUGAAGUUCGUCAUCAAAUACCAUACUAAAGGCGACUCGCCGCCCGCGGAGGAUCUGAUAAAGAGAGGCAAGAUGAGGGGGGGACAGCUCUUCAAAGUCGUUGCAGAUUACAUUGUGGCAAGCCCUGACUUCAACGUGACUAGCUAGGGUCUUUGGUUAUGGAAACUAUGGCAAAUUAUAUGUUAUAGGGCUUUGCUUUAAUAUGUUUAUGUGAUGGGUUUUAAUUUGAAGCGAAACUAUGCUACAAUAAUUAGAUGCUAUAAGUAUACGUGUGUGUGUUGGAAUGAUGAGUCUUAUUUCGGUAUCUCAUGAGAUAAGUAUAAUUUAUAAGUGUAAGGAAUUUUUAAAAAGUUAGUAUUUUAA